AUGUCUUCUGAAAACUCCUCCACUCUCAAGUCCUACGUCGACCAGGCCACUGGUCUGGCCCAGCGCGCCAUCGGCUCCUUGACUGGUGAUGCUUCUACCAAGAACGAAGGCGAAGCCACCCGCCAAGAAGGCAAGAUCGAAAACGCAAACAGCCACACGACCGCCAAGCUAGGCCCCGUGACAGCGGACCCCAACACGGGGGCGACGGCGACCGACCACCCCAAGCGCACGGACGGCAGCUGGGACCAGACGCUGGGGUCGGCCAAGGAGUCGCUGGGCAACCUGAUCGGCAACGAGAGCCUGCGCAAGGCGGGCCAGGAGCAGAACGCGGCGGGCAAGCAGGCGGAGGCGGAGGGGCAGCUGAAAGACUGGGGGGAGGGUGUCAAGGGGCGGGUCGAAGGCGGGGUGGGCAAAGUGGCGGCCGCGGUGACCGGCGAUGAGGCGGAGGAGCAGCGGUACAAGGAGGUCCAUGAUACGGGGAAGGUGCAGCAGCGCGGGGCUGAGGCAGAUAUCCAGAAGAGGGCGUGA